GCUGCUGCUGCUGCCUCUUGUUGUUGUUGUUGUUGGAGUCAAGCUGAAACAUUUCCCAGCAAAUUCUGGCGACAUUGACAACAGGCGCCUGCAAUUUGCUGCACGUUGUUGCUGCUGUUGUUGUUGCUGUUGUUGUUGUUGUCGCUGUUGCCGUUUUGGCGUGUUUUAUGAGCGGGCGCUGAACCAAAUGGCAAACGCGACAAGUUUUACCAGUUUACACACAGUUACACACACACAGACAGACACAUAUUUACAGUGGUCGGCUGUGCUGAAGUUUUCAAAAAGGUUUCCGAGAUUUUCAUAUCAGGCCAGUACCCGACAUCGCCUGCUGACAAAAUGACGCGACCCAAGCAGAUCCAGCUUCAACAGCACCAGAUCCAGCCCCGCCGACAAUUGCAGCUGCAGUUGCUGCUGCUGUUGCUGCUGUUUGGGCUGCUGCAACUGUUGUCCACAGUUGCAGCACGGCCGCAGCAACAGUUGCUGCUGGAGGCGGCACAAUCGGAGACAACAGCAACAGCAGCAGGCACAGCAUCAGGAGCAGCAACAGCGCCAGCUCUCAACGAUCCUUCGGAUCUCAGCGCUGGCCUCAAUCUGUUGCCCGUAAGCAAUUGGAUUGCGGCUGCCGCCAAUGCUGAGCCGCCGGCGCCCGCCCAAUUCGUGCGCAUCGCCAUGAACAGCGGACUGUGAGACGCUGCAGUCGGCCGACAGAUGGCGCCAGCUGCACCAUCAAAUACUCAACUUGUGUUUCAAUUAACUUAAUUUCCCUAUUUUUUUUUUUUUUUUUUUGUUGCAUAUAUAUGUAUAUAUAUUUUUUUUUUUGAAUGCCCAAUCAAUUAGUGGCUGCAAGGAUACAAUAAAAUAUUGUGCACAGACAGCAGUAAAUGAUGCAUCAAUGAGAACAUACAUA